CUCUGGGUAUCCUCAAUUUUUCUUUUGUUCCAGCCCAGGAAACAUGAAACUUCAGAAACUGAUCUUAUCUGUCCUUGCACUCGCCUUUAGCACCAUUUCCUUAUUUAUCGGGGUUUUGAUCGGGAAAGGACCGACCCACUACCUUCCGUAUUAUCUUCCAUGCCCAGAUCUCUUUGCUUUGAAACUACAGUACAGAGAGGAGAAUUCGUACCAGCUUUUCCCACAAUUAUUUUAUCCACAGCCAGAGUCUGUGCAACAGACGCGCUCUGAUGUGCUCACCGUGACUCCGUGGUUGGCCCCCAUUGUCUGGGAGGGGACAUUCAGCCCUGAAAUCUUGGACAGCAUCUACAAGCCUUUGAACCUUACCAUUGGACUGACUGCCUUCGCUGUUGGAAAAUACAUACGAUUUGCAAGCCGUUUUUUGGAGUCAGCUGAACAGUACUUCAUGGUGGGAUACCAUGUGAACUACUACAUCUUCACAGACAACCCCAAAGACAUCUCCGUUGUCCGUCUGCAGCCUGGGAGAACCCUCCACAUCAUCCCUAUAAAGAAACGUGCCCACUGGCAAGAAAUCUCCAUGCGCAGGAUGGAGGUCAUAAACAGGCACAUCUCAGAUACAGCCCACCGAGAGGUUGACUAUCUCUUCUGCCUGGACAUUGACACGUUGUUUCAUAACCCGUGGGGCCCAGAGACCUUGGGGGAGAUGGUGGCUGUGAUCCACCCAGGUUACUACAAGGCUUCUCGGAGAGCGUUCCCAUAUGAGAGGAGACCUGCUUCCAUGGCCUACAUCUCUCAGGAAGAAGGAGACUUCUACUAUGGAGGGGCAGCCUUUGGAGGCCUGGUCAAGAAUGUCUACGAGUUCACCAGGGCUUGCCACAUGGCCAUAUUGGCAGACAAGGCCAACAGCAUCGUGGCGGUUUGGCAUGAAGAGAGCCAUCUGAACAGGCACUUCCUUUCCCAGAAGCCUUCAAAGCUCCUCUCACCCGAGUACCUUUGGAACGACAAAGAAUCAAAACCACCUGAACUGAGACUCAUACGGUUAUCGUCAGUGAGCAAGAAUUACAGGGAGGUCAGGGACUGACCCUGGUUGGGUCCAUCUUGGCCUCACUGUGUAUUUCUGGGCAGGGGAGCCCUGGGGGUCAAAUUAUUUGGACCUGCAGAUCCAUUGCAGGGUUCGCAAAACCAGACAGGUCCCCCAACCCCUGCCGAGAGUGCAGGCAGUAGGCUCAGAUCUCACCCAGCCCACAGAACUCACAAAGUAGCUUUGGAUCAAGCCACUGUUGUUUUUCUGCCACCACCCACUUGCAAAACAGGGAUGGUAAUACCCUCCUACCUCAAGGGGCUAUUGUAAGGAUUACUAAAGAAAAUGUCGGUGAAGGAUUUAGAAUGCACAAGAUGCCUAAGUUACAUUUUUUUUAAUGGUGGAAGGGUUGUCUUUGGGAUCAGAGGAGGACAAAGAGCUCAAUCAGCUGGGAAGAUGGGGAACAAAGCUCACCUUGCAAUUUCUGAAACUUUGAAAAACAACCUACUUAGAUAUCAAAGGCUAACUUGUGGUUAUGCGCUCUGCUGUGAGGAAUGGGGAGGCAGCAGGGCUGUUUGGGCAGCGAUGCCAUGGCAAUCUGCACAUGCUU